AUGGUUUCAUUAAACAACUUCUUCGAUCAUCACUUCUCCAACAACUUAUCACCCCAUCAAAAUGACUUUCACCGUCGCCGCCUGCUUGCUUCCAAACUCAUCCAAAACCCCGAUGUUACCCUCCGAGGCUACUGCCGUGACCCCAAGAAGGUCAUCGCGCCCUUGGCAUCUUCCCCACAAGUUGAACUCUUCCAAGGUGAAGCCUACGACGAGGAAAAGAUCCGAAACUUCGUCAAGGGCUCCGACGUUGUCAUCUGCGCAUACCUUGGUGACGAUAGGCUCAUGGUCGAGGGGCAGAAAAUGCUCAUCGAUGCAUGCGAGUCUGAGGGAGUUUCUAGGUACAUCGCCAGCGACUGGGCUCUGGACUAUACCAAGCUCGAGCUCGGCGAGCUCUUCCCCAAGAACCCCAUGAAGCCCGUGAAGGCGUACCUUGAAACCAAGAAGUCCGUCAAGGGCGUUCACAUUCUCAUCGGGGGCUUCAUUGACGCCAUCAUGAGCCCCUUCUUCUCGGUCAUCGACCCUGGUACCUCUUACGAGAAUGCCGCUGAGUAUACGGCGGCGGUCGCGACCGAUCCUUCCGCUGUUGGUGUGCAAAGGUUCUUGGGAGACAGAAAGAUCAUCAAAGAAAUUGCGGCCUCUUUUGAAAGGGUCUACGGUAUUAAGCCGCAUAUGGAACGCUUGGGCUCGAUUGACGAUCUCAAGUCCACCAUGCACCGCGCCCAGGCGGAGAAUCCGUCCGACAUUUUGAAGUACAUGUCUUUGUUCUACAUGUACUACUGGGUCAAUGGUCGGACGUUCGUUGGACCCGAUAUUCAGAAUGAAGAGUAUCCAAAUGUCAGUCCUGUCGCGUGGGAGGAUUUCAUGAAGGCAAACAAGCUGGAGGAGCUUUCUGGAGUGUUUUCCGCGUAG